AUGGGGCUCCGCAAGAAGAACGCCAGGAACCCCCCGGUGUUGAGCCACGAAUUCAUGGUGCAGAACCACGCGGACAUGGUCUCCUGCGUGGGCAUGUUCUUCGUGCUGGGGCUUAUGUUCGAGGGCACGGCCGAGAUGUCGAUUGUGUUCCUCACGCUGCAGCAUGGAGUCGUUGUCCCCGCGGAAGAGCUGCCUUCGGGGUCCAGGACCCUGUACCAUUAUGGGGUCAAGGAUCUGGCCACAGUGUUCUUCUACAUGCUGGUGGCCAUCAUCAUCCACGCCACCGUUCAGGAGUAUAUUCUGGAUAAGAUCAGCAAGAGACUGCAGCUCACCAAAGGCAAACAAAACAAACUGAACGAGGCGGGGCAGCUCAGUGUGUUCUAUAUAGUGUCUGGUAUCUGGGGCAUGGCCAUUCUGACCUCUGAGAACUGCCUGUCAGACCCCACUCUGCUGUGGAAGGCUCAGCCCCACAACAUGAUGACAUUUCAGAUGAAAUUUUUCUACAUCUCACAGCUGGCUUACUGGUUUCAUAGUUUUCCCGAGCUCUACUUCCAAAAAGUCAGGAAGCAAGACCUCCCGGGUCAGCUCAUUUACAUCGGGCUCCACCUCUUCCACAUUGGAGGGGCCUAUCUCUUGUACCUGAACCACCUGGGCCUGCUGCUUCUGAUGCUGCACUAUUUCGUGGAGCUCCUCUCCAACAUAUGCAGCCUGUUCUACUUUGGUGAUGAGCGGUACCAGAAGGGGUUGUCUCUGUGGCCUGUGGUGUUUAUAUGCGGGAGACUCGUGACGUUGAUUGUCUCGGUAGUCACAGUAGGUCUUCACCUGGCUGGGUCACAGAAUCGGAAUGCUAAUGCCCUCUCUGGAAAUGUCAAUGUGUUGGCGGCUAAAAUCGCCGUUCUGUCUUCAAGUUGCAGUAUCCAGGUGUACAUAACGUGGACCUUGACUACUGUCUGGCUUCAGAGAUGGUUAGAAGAUGCGAGUCUUCAGGCUUCGGGGAGGAAGAGACGAUCCAGGUCGAGAAAAGGCAUGGAAAAUGGAGUGGAGAAUCCGAAUAGAAUAGAUCCUCCACCAAAGAAGAAAGAGAAAGCUCAAUGA